AGAAAGAGAAAUUCGUCCCCCAAUAUUUUCGCCACCGAAUAAAUAUAAGAAGAAGAAGUGGCAACACGGCAGCUUCGUUUAAGGAUCUCUCGAAACACGUUUCUCUUUAACUUUGUCUCUCUCCCUACCGCUUGUCCUCUGCAACCUCCUCAAGAUUUGACUGAUUGAUCUUCAUGAAUUCAACAACCUCUGGACAAUCCGCCGUUUCCUGCACUUCGGGAAACAAUAACAGCUUCUUCUGGAUUCUCUUCUGCCUAUUGCCAAAGUUUCUCGGGACUCCCAUUACCUACGUCAACUUCCUCUUGAUUAAGGCCGUCGAUAGAAGCCCCUCCGCACUGCUUAUCCCGGAGAUUAACGGAGAAUUUGCCUUGUAGUUGUGGUAACUUUUGCCAACUGCAGUACUUGUAGGAAAUAAUUUGUUUAGCUUUCUGCAGUUGGCAUUUAAAUUUUAAUUGAUACCAUGGUUUCAUCUCCGUUCUCUGCUUUGGCUAAUGCCCGUAUGUGCAAACCCUUACUUUUUCCUGAGAACCCUCCACCGUCUGAUGCUCUAGCCUUAGAUCAUAUUGAGCUAGACUUCUCUGAUGUAUUUGGUCCCUCGCCAGUUCAGGCGUCAACCGAAAUCACUGCUGGUGAUUUGGCAGAUGCUCCCGAGCUUAUUUACGAUGACCCAGUUGUCAUUCACAAUCGAUCCCAUUCGUUGGUCGGCCCUUCUUCGUUUGUUAGUCAUUCCUUGAAGCUCAGUAAACUCACUUUACAUGAGACACAGGAUUCGAUGGAACUUGUCGAGCUUGAGGAGUCGUUCUUAGACGAUGACAGCGGUGAGGAAGCUGCUGCUGAUGUUAGUAGGGAUUGUUUGGAGGACCGUGUUGGCAUUGAAGAUUUUGAGGUUCUGAAAGUUGUUGGGCAGGGUGCAUUUGGGAAAGUGUUUCAGGUUAGGAAAAAAGGUACAUCAGAUAUAUUUGCAAUGAAAGUCAUGCGGAAGGACAAGAUAGUCGAGAAGAACCAUGUUGAAUACAUGAAAGCCGAGAGGGAUAUUCUGACAAAAAUAGACCAUCCCUUCAUUGUGCAGCUCAAAUACUCCUUCCAAACUAAAUACAGACUCUACCUCAUUUUGGAUUUCAUUAAUGGUGGUCACCUGUUUUUCCAGCUCUAUCACCAUGGUCUAUUCAGGGAGGAUCUGGCUCGUAUAUAUGCUGCUGAGCUUGUUUCUGCACUUUGCCAUCUUCAUGCAAAUGGUAUAAUGCAUAGGGAUCUGAAACCUGAAAAUAUCCUACUCGAUGCUGAUGGCCAUGUAAUGUUGACUGAUUUUGGCCUGGCAAAGGAAUUUGACGAAAAUACAAGAUCAAACUCGUUGUGUGGAACGGUUGAGUACAUGGCACCUGAAAUUAUUCUUGGAAAGGGUCAUGAUAAAGCCGCUGAUUGGUGGAGUGUAGGAGUUCUACUGUAUGAGAUGCUAACAGGAAAGCCUCCUUUUAUUGGUGGGAAUCGGUACAAAAUUCAGCAAAAGAUUAUUAAGGAUAAGAUAAAGUUACCGCAAUAUUUGUCAAGUGAAGCACAUUCUUUGCUGAAAGGGCUCCUACAAAAGGAUGCCAGCAAGCGUCUAGGCUGCGGUCCUGGCGGAGGAGAAGAAGUUAAGCUUCACAAGUGGCUGAAGCCGGUGAACUGGAAGAAACUGGAGGCAAGGGAAGUCCAGCCAAGUUUCCGACCAGAAGUAGCUGGGAAGCACUGCAUUGCAAAUUUUGAGAAGCGAUGGACUGACAUGCCACUGUCGGAUUCCCCAGCUGCCAGCCCCAAGAGUAACGAGAAUCCAUUUCUGGACUUCAGUUAUGUAAGACCUGCGGCUUCAUUCCUUCAGAAGAACAGCCCAGUAUGGUAGCCUGCAGCUUCUACCUUCCCAGAUAUAGUACUGUGUUAUAAUUAAUUAUUAGGGAUGUGUCUGUAUUUGCAAGAACAUACCUUGCCACUGGACUAAGGUCAUUUCAUAUGUUGAAUAUUGUAAGAUAUUGGCACUAAAGUACUUAUUUAACAACAAAA